AUGAGAUUGGGCCUUCAUGUUGUUGUUCUCUCUUCUUUCUCUCCAUCAGUUGUUGCUGCCUCUCCUGUGCCAGCUCAAGCUGGUUCUGCCACUCUGUCUCCCCUCUCUACAGUUGUUGCUCUGGCCCUGGCCAGAAAUGUUGUUGUUGUUGUUUUCUCUGCACCAGCAGGAUUUUGGUUCCAGACCAUCUUUAUCCAAAUGCCACCAGCUGCUACUUUUGCUGGUGUGUUGUGGGCCAAUUCAGUGGUUCUUCCAGGCCUCCCCCCCUACACAGGGGCACAAGCUUUGUCUGCCUGUGAAAGGGCAUGGUAUCACAAGUCUAUUCAAAGAUCCAUGCUUAUUGCUGGUUUGGAUAAUCCAAACCAGUUGACUGUAUACAUUCAGCUUCACAAGAGAAUUUUCAUGACUCAGGCUAGGGCCCAGUCACCACCUGGACAGAAGUGCUUCACCUGCAAGAGAGCUCAGCAAGGCUAUAACAAUAUAGUCUUCACAGAGUGCAUCUCCACAGGCUUGGGUCAAAAAUGUAACAACUGUCUAUACUAUGGGCACCUUGCUUGCUCUUUCCAGCAUUCCACUACCUCCAUCCAUCUCUUUUGUGAACCAGGCUUGUCCAGGUUCCUACUAUAG